GUCAACGUCAAUUAGUUAACGUCAUAUCGUCAACAAUGUAAAAUUAGCGAAAAGGAUUUGGAUAAACUCUAUCUUAUUUGUUGGUAUGGCAGAUAAAUAUUGGAAUGUAAAAAGGACACACAUGUCUGCUUGCUGCUGUAAUAUUCUCAAGAAUAUAAACGUGCAUUUAUGAAUAACUACGCAUUGUGGCAUUAAGAUAUAAGUUUGGGUUAUAAUUUGUAAAAUUGAUCAAGACAACCGGCUUGUUUACAAUGAUUUCUCAAAUAGUAGUAAUUGUUACAACUGUUAAAUUAUUAUUUAUUCCUCUGUAUCAUUCAACAGACUUUGAAGUCCAUCGUAACUGGCUGGCAAUCACUCAUAACUUGACACUAGACAAAUGGUAUUAUGACAACACAUCUGAAUGGACAUUGGAUUAUCCACCAUUCUUUGCAUGGCUGGAGUUUGUAAUGUCAUUUGUUGCAAAAUAUUUUGACCCGCAAAUGCUUUACUUAACUAAUUUAAACUACAAAUCAGAUAUGACUAUACUAUUCCAAAGAUUAUCAGUUAUUGUUUUGGAUUUUGUAUAUAUCUACAGUGUAAAAAGGUUGUCAGGUUUCAUCGGUGAUGGGAAACUUCUAGUAUUCAUACUACUGAUGUCCUGUCCAAGUUUAUUGAUGAUAGACCACAUCCACUUCCAGUACAAUGGAUUCUUGUUUGGAAUCCUUUUGUAUUCCAUAUCACAUAUCAUAGAAAAUAAUUGUCUGAUAGCAGCAUUUUGGUUUGCAGUGCUGUUGAAUUUGAAGCACAUAUUUUUAUAUGUGGCUCCUGUGUACAUUGUGUACUUAUUCAGGGCAUAUUGUUUUACAAUAUCUUCAGUUGAUGGUGUCCAUACUCCUUGGUAUUCAUUCUCUUUGACAAAUCUGUUCAAACUGGCAUUUACAGUGAUUUUUGUCUUUGGUCUAUCAUUUGGACCUUUUAUCUAUCAUAUUCCACAGAUACUUUCAAGACUAUUUCCCUUCAAAAGAGGAUUGUGUCAUGCUUAUUGGGCGCCAAACUUUUGGGCUAUUUACAACUUUGUUGAUAAGGUGUUACAAAAUAUAGGUACAAAAUUGGGUUUACUGCGGAUCCCAAAAGCUGAGGCGUCCAUGACAGGUGGGCUGGUACAGCAAUAUGAUCAUGCGGUGUUACCAUCAAUCACUCCCACUAUGACGAUAGUCUUGACUGUUGUGACGAUGAUACCAGCACUCAUUAAACUAUGGCAUUUGUGCGCUGACAGGAGGUACAGGGUGUUAAGUUUUGUAAGGUGUAUGGUGGUUUGUGCGGCAUGCUCCUUUUUGUUCGGCUGGCACGUUCACGAGAAAGCUAUACUCAUGAUAUUGGUACCGUUGACUUUCCUCUCAGUGCUGGGCGACGUGGACGGCAAACAGUUCUUAAUACUAACAACAGUCGGGAACUACUCACUGUUCCCACUGCUAUAUCCAAAGAAUUUAUUUUCCAUUAAGUUUUUCAUAUUAUUGACACACGUAGCUUUAGCUUUUGUUAACAUUAGGACUUUGUAUGAACCUGCGAAAGUAAAAGGCGGUAGGAGGAUAAGAGUGCUUCGCUUGCCUAUGUUGAGGCAAAUAGAGUCUUUAUAUUUAUAUGGCCUUAUAGUACUUUGUGUGUAUGAUAAUGCUAUUCAUGGGCUCUGGGGCUUAGACAAAACGUUGCCAUUUUUGCCCCUAAUGCUUACAUCCGUUUAUUGUUCGAUAGGAGUCAUAUAUGUAUGGCUUUGUUAUUAUUAUUAUUUCUUAACGUUCAAUGUUAGUCAAGUACCAACGCUGUGCACGGUUAACCUAGCAGAAAAGUAUAAAAAAACGAGUUAAAAUUAUUACAUUUUUAGUUUACUUUUGCUAGAGUUGUAUCAUCCAUAGUUUGUGGACAUGAUUAAAUAUUAUAAUGGCAAUUUUAACUAAUAAAUUAGGAAUCGCCAGAAACGGAACAUUCUUUAAUUAUGAGACUAAUGUCUAAAAGGACUUAAUGCUACACUAGCGCCACUUAGUUCCGUAGAAAAACGAAGCCGGUCUCCUUUACUUCGGAAUUAUUUUGUAGUAUUUAAACAUGUCCUACUAAUGUCUGCUGUAUAUUACUUUUAUCAUUCCAAAAAAAGCUAAUAAAAAAACGAGUAAUUAAUGAAUGUUUUCCAACGACAAACGUUGCGCUCUUAAAUUUCAAAGUGGGUUCAUCCAGGCACGUGGCACAUGCGCGUGUCAUCUGAACGCG